AUGAACAUUUUCAGAUUAGCAGGUGAUAUGACUCACCUGGCCAGUGUUCUCGUCUUGCUCCUCAAGAUCCAUACCAUCAAAUCCUGCGCUGGUGUGUCAUUAAGGACGCAAGAACUGUACGCCAUUGUGUUUGCUACGCGUUAUUUGGAUAUUUUCACGAGCUUCGUCUCUGUCUACAACACCUUGAUGAAGUUGGUCUUCUUAGGAAGCUCCUUUUCCAUUGUCUGGUACAUGAGGUAUCAUAAGGCUGUCCACAGGACUUACGACAGGGAGCAAGAUACCUUUCGCCAUUGGUUCCUCCUGCUUCCAUGCCUUGUCUUGGCUCUUCUCAUCCACGAAAAGUUCACCUUCCUUGAGUUACUGUGGACCUUUUCUUUGUACUUGGAAGCUGUUGCUAUAUUACCUCAGCUUGUCUUGCUGCAAAGGACUAGAAAUAUCGAUAACUUGACCGGCCAAUACAUAUUUCUCCUUGGUGGGUACAGGGCUUUGUACAUCCUAAACUGGAUCUACCGUUACUUCACUGAGCCCCACUUUGUUCAUUGGAUAAGUAUGUCUCUCUCUCUCUACCUUAACCUCCUCACUCUUUGA